GGCCUUUCAUUUUCUGACUCACAAGAGGGCGCUUCAAAUCGAAAAACACGCAGGCCCGGCCUUGUACAAUGUACCUGUACAUAGUAGAUAGUGUACAGUGUAAUUACACGUAGUUUUCCGAAAAUGGCGACCUUGGGAAGAAGGCUGUUCAGUAUCUGCCGAAAAACAUGGAAAAAAGGUGCAAGCCUUCGACGUCUGCCUCAGCAAAAUGCAGUGCAAUUAUUGUGCAGAAAUGCCUCAGCUUGGACAUUUGUUCCAGAUUUGCCCCCCGAAGCUCUUGGGGAAACAACCAAGAUGAACUUGUUUCAGUCGUUAACUGAUGCCAUGGAUAUUGCCCUGAGCACUGAUGAAACAGCAGUCAUCUUUGGAGAGGAUGUUGCUUUUGGAGGAGUGUUUAGGUGCACAGUGGGACUAGCCGAUAAAUAUGGCAAGGACCGUGUGUUCAACACUCCGUUGUGCGAGCAAGGCAUCGUGGGCUUUGGUAUCGGCAUGGCGUCAGUGGGAGCCACCGCUAUCGCCGAGAUCCAGUUUGCUGAUUACAUCUUUCCAGCUUUUGAUCAGAUCAUUAACGAGGCUGCCAAGUUCCGAUAUCGAUGUGGCAAUAUCUUUGAUGUUGGAGGCCUGACGGUACGAGCCCCUUGGGGAGCUGUUGGCCACGGUGCCUUGUACCACUCCCAAUCCCCCGAGGCCUUUUUUUCCCACAUACCUGGUAUAAAGGUGGUCAUACCUAGGAGUCCCAUACAGGCUAAGGGUCUUCUGCUGUCAUGCAUUAGAGACAAGAAUCCCUGCAUCUUCUUUGAACCCAAGGUCCUUUACCGUGCGGCAGUGGAGCAAGUUCCGGUCGGAGAUUAUAUGAUACCACUUGAAGAGGCAGAAAUAUUAGUCGAAGGUAGCGACGUCACCCUGCUCGCCUGGGGCACUCAGAUCCAUGUCAUGCUGGAGGUAGCCCAGUUGGCCCAGGAGAAGUUGGGCGUGUCCUGUGAGGUCAUCGACCUGAGGACCAUCGUUCCGUGGGAUGAGGAGACUGUCUGCAAGUCAGUGAAGAAGACGGGCAGGUUGCUAGUGGCCCACGAGGCCCCCAUUACUGGUGGUUUCGCCGGAGAAGUCACUGCCACAGUUCAGGCGGAGUGCUUUCUGCAUUUGGAAGCUCCAAUCCAGCGAGUCUGUGGCUAUGAUACCCCUUUCCCACACAUCUUUGAACCCUUCUACCUCCCGGAUAAGUGGAGGUGUCUGGAGGCAAUCAAGAAAAUGAUCAACUACUGAGGUCACUUGGCUCGGCCCAUUGAUGUCAUAGAUUGUAUUCCUCCUCACCUCCUUCUCUCUUAGAAACCCAAAGGCACAUGUCCAUCCACCUUGUGCAAGCAAAAGGAUGGAUGGGAAGUAAUCUUAAGGCUCAGAAAGAGUCAGACAGUAACCUGCUUUUGUCCAGCUUGGACGUCAUCUUUCAGCUCUACUAUCGGUGUCAAGCUGUUCUAGUCAUGCCCGAAUGAGAUUGCUCCACACCUUCGACUCCUAUGAAACAAACUGACGCGUCAGCUGUAGAACAGUACUCCAUGACACUGAAGCGACAAGAAAACAUGAGACGAAUCUGAGAUACGGGCACCCCCCACCUUGCACUAGAGUAGUCAUCACAGCUGCAAAUAAAAGCCUCUCAAGAAUUCAGGUCGAUAGCUCCACACGCGAUCAUGUGACGCCCCCUCUUUUUUUUAUUGCAUUUCUAUAUACCACAAUUGAUUGUGUCAUGUGAUUUGAAGGCUGUGCGUCCCACAUUGGUGAUCAUUGGGUCAUUAAAUUCGAAAAAUAAAGGUCUGGUAAUAUCAUUGUACCGUGAUAUUCAGAUUCUUGUCACUGAAUAUAAAUGUAACCUUGCCCUACAAACUUUCUCAAACUCCUUUCCCCAAAGAAAGGUUAGUGUAGUGAACCCUUUCCUUUCUUCUUCCUCAAAUCUACAGAAGUGGCACAGUUCACAAUUUUUUUUCCCUCCGAAGCAUGUUCCAUGUGAUAAUUUAAUUAAUUAGUUCAUGUCUGAAUCACUGCCAUGUGGGUGCAGUGUUGCAUCUGGCCACCUGUCUUGAAAAUGGAAAAAAAAAAUCCGAAAUUAAUUUACAUCUCCCCGGCGCAAAUCCAUCCUUGAAAUCGCAGAUUUUUACUUGUUCAAAAAUUUACAAACCAACCAGGUAUUUUUCACAUAAAUUUUCUACAUCAGUGAGCAAAUCUUCACAUUUCCUUCCCGCAUAUGAGGUACAGUGGAAAUAUGGCCUCCAGUAGCGCUUAGGGAUGUCAGUUUUGAAAACAUCACUAAGAGUGAGAGUGGGAAGCACUUUUUAGCCUCAGCUUUGAUAGGUCAGGCAGGUAUUUCAAUCCUAGAUGAAACCCCAUUAGGGUUUUGGACGAUGUGUUCUCCAUUUCUACUGUAUGCUCAAAUUUAUGUGCAGAAGAAUUGAAGCAACUUAUAAAUUCAUUAACCUUUACCAUAUCCAAUCCAACAAGAUUCUAUUUUAUCUACACUAAACCUCAACUUGAAAGAGUUAGGGCCAUAUAUGGUACUUUCUUUCUGACAUCAUUUUGGCAUUAAUUUUAACAGUCCUGAAUCCUCCAAUGUGAGUAUGAGUAAAAAUAAAUCUGAACCAUGGCCAGAAAAAUGGAGCAGGGGCCAUUGAAGCCAAAGAUGCUAACAUGUCAUACACAAGGAAACAAUCAUUUUGCUGCCUCUUUCAAAUAUAGAAAACCUAUUUUCCUUUCAUCAUGGAGAUUUUCUGUAAAGGGGGGAGGGGUUUGCUCAACAAGUAAUGUUGUAAUUUUGUAACCUAGUGAGGGGAAUGUACAAAGUGAAUUAUAAGGACAAGAAAUAUUCGGCCAGAUGGAAACCUGUCUUUUCUAGAAAGAUGCCAAACUUGUCAGUUAUAAAUAACACUCAUUUAAGUGAGAAAUGUGGUUGUACAGUCACAGAGCUUUAAAUUAGAAGUGUGCAUAUUGAACAGUUAUAUAGAAUUGUAACCUAAUGACAGAGAGAGAUGGUUAACAAUGUAAUGAAGGGUAUUUGAAAUAUGCCACUAGGUUUGAAUGUGACUGUUUUCAGCAAACAUGUACAUUUAUCAAACAUAAAAUCCAGAGCAUGUCAAGAACUAUAAUUUGUGUGUCUGUGCUGGAAUUGAGUUUUGUUUACAAAAACCUUUCAGUGUUUUUUUUUGUGUGGGGGGGUGUCACAUUUCCAGUGGCUGGCUUGAAAAGCCUUGUAUCACAACUUGCUUUGUUUUGGUGUGAAGGCCUGCCAAAGAAGAAUGUGUGAAACAAAAACAAGAAGACAAAGCCCGGGAGUGGGAUUUUAUGUUAUCAGGACCUUUCAGACUGUACAUUUGCUAACAACUACAUCAUCAGACAGAGAAAAAAGGCAGUCAGGCGUAAACAAAUUAUAACACAGGGAACAUGAGUACAUUAUUGCUGUACUUCCAUGCAUAACUCAGCCAAUUGCGCCAUCAAAAGCUACAUACGUGUUCAGAAGAAGGUAUUGGGAGCUGUUUGGUACAAAACCUAUGUCCAAGUCUUUCUCUCUUUCUUACUUUUUUCUUUUAGGGGAGGAAGCGUUCUAAUCCACACCUCUGAUAUUUGUAGUUUACCCUGUAGAGCUCUAUUUCACUUUGAAACUCUCAACAGGGUUAUUGUUUUUAAUGGAAGAUGUGGAUUUUUGUCAAGUAUUAUCUAAAGACUAUUGCACAGUAAUAUAUUCAGUCAAUUAUUAUUUUUAGUCGUGUCCAGUAGGAAGUAACCAUUCUGUUAUUGUUACAAGAAGGUGGAGAUCCACCUUCCACCUGUCUAAUGUUAUGCAGCUGGUCAGUAUGUUGAGGGCAAAAAAUGUUUUGCUUGGCCAAAAACAGGAUACCAGCCAAAAAGUCCUCUAUGUCCCAAACACUUCUUGUAAACUGGUUCCCCGUGGAUUGUCUGUCUCUUCAAACACAUACAUUAUGUGUAGCUUUGCGAAUCAAUAUGCCAGUCUUAUUAGUAGGUAGAGGAAAUUGGUCGGUGGCAGAAAUACAUUUGACAUUUAUCAGCUGCCAUUAAACGAGGCUUGUGAAUUAGAAACUGGCAGAUUGCCAAAUCCCUAAUGUCUGCUUAGAGAUGACAGUGGGGGCAAGUUGGUCAGGGCCUAAUUUCACAGAGCUACUUAGCAGUUAGCAGCAAAGUCAUGCCAACUUCUGCAGAAAAAGUUUGCUCAUUUGAAGCACUAUGUCAUGGCAGUACUUGGCGUGGUACUAAAGGUUUUGCAUGCGUAGAGAUUUCUAUCGUUACGUUUCUAAGUUUGAGCAAAUUUUUCCUCCAAAGUUAGCAUGCCUUUGGCUGUGCCUACGCUUACAAUCUCCCUGAAAUAUGUGGAGCCUCUGUUAGCCUGAAAUCAUGUGCCAAGCAGCAUAAUGAAUUUUGUCCCUGAGCUCAUAUUUUAGGGAGUCAAAUUCAUGAUGCUUACUGGCACAAAUCCGCUGAGCACAAAAUGGUCUUUUUGUUAAAAGCGAAAUCUGAAGAUCAGCAUAUUCCGUUAAAGUGCUUUGUACAGAUGUAACAGUGACGUCUCAUUAAAAGGUUACUGUGACCAAUUAAAUUUCAACCAGAACCUUAUAAAAAGAAAACAAAAGACUUAACAAGAUUAGGACCCUCGGAGUUGCAGUAUUUUGUUGUGACGGUGUUUUUAUAUUGAGAUUUCCUCAUCUGUAGCCCAUUGUUUGUUGAUUUCUUUCACUGAAUUGUUCAGGUCUCUGUGUAUAUGCAGGUCACUGUGGUAAGGGAUUCCUGUCGGCUCCAAAGGAUAUCCUGGUUUGCUGAGUAGUGCACUGAAAAGAAACACAUAUUGUACAAUUCCAGGGCAAUCAAGGAGAGGGGUGGAGCUUAACAGACCUCCCCCCCAUAAAAAUAGUCUUGAAAUCACUGUGGUCAGGUAAUGGCUCCACAGAUUGUUCACAUUUCAGUCGUAGAACCUUAUUGUACUGUUGAUAUCGUACAUGACAAGAUGCAUAAAGAGAUACCAUAGAAAAUAAAUUGAACUAUCUUUAUUUUUCUUUACCAUUUUUGAACGAGUUUCAAAAACUGAUGCAGGUACGUUUACUGCAAAAAGAGGGACCGUAACAGAGACAUGUUUGCGUGGGCUGAUCCAAGCCAAAGCUCACCUACACCUGACACCGUAGGCUGCUCUUUCGCCAGAGAAGCAGCCUCAGAAUUGAUGACUUUCAAAGUUUCUUUUCCCUUUUGUCCUCAGUGGGGUUGAUUUUAGAUUGUUUUUUUUUUAUCCCCGCUAAUGGAAAGCAUGUACCACUCUUGGCGAGGAGACAUGUCAUUUUGUUGCCUGUGGCGGUAUGUGUUUAUUUCGCAGUUUUGUUUUAACGCUGAUGGAAGAGAGAUUUAACUGAAAGCCGUUCAGUUUGCUUUCAAGUUUUCCCAAGACCCUUUAAAGGGCGAGUUUUAUGAAUUUGUUCUUUGUUGUUCUGUUUUGAAGAACUCUAUACAGUUUUGAAAUGUGAUACAUGAAGAAAAUGUGAAGACACAAUUUGGCCGGGAAGUAAA